CUGCUCCGGUCCCUCCCCUCCCUGGGCACUGUGAUGCUGCAGGGCAGCUGCUGGCCCAGCAUGUCUGUCCCCCGGCCCCCUCCCACCCAGUGUGUCACAACAGCGGAGGCGGCUGUAUCUAGAGCAGUUGGGGUGGGCAGGCCCAGCUGCGAGGCGAGCCAGCGAGGAGAGCAGCCGCGAUGCGGGAGUGCAUAUCAGUCCACGUGGGUCAAGCAGGAGUUCAGAUUGGCAAUGCCUGCUGGGAGCUCUUCUGUCUGGAGCACGGCAUCCAGGUGGAUGGCACCUUUGGUGUCCAGGCCAGCAAGGUCAACGACGAUGACUCAUUCACCACCUUUUUCAGUGAGACUGGCAAUGGGAAGCAUGUGCCUCGGGCUGUCAUGGUAGAUCUGGAGCCUACCGUAGUAGAUGAAGUUCGGGCAGGAACCUACCGUCAGCUCUUCCAUCCAGAGCAGUUGAUCACAGGGAAGGAGGAUGCAGCUAACAAUUAUGCCCGGGGCCACUACACAGUAGGCAAGGAGAGUAUCGACCUGGUGCUGGACCGCAUACGGAAGCUGACAGAUGCCUGCUCUGGCUUGCAGGGCUUUCUAAUCUUCCACAGUUUUGGUGGGGGCACUGGCUCUGGCUUCACUUCUCUGCUGAUGGAACGGCUCUCCCUGGAUUAUGGCAAGAAGUCCAAGCUAGAGUUUGCUAUCUACCCAGCCCCUCAGGUUUCCACUGCAGUGGUGGAGCCCUACAACUCCAUUCUGACCACCCACACCACGCUGGAACAUUCAGAUUGUGCUUUUAUGGUGGAUAAUGAAGCCAUCUAUGACAUCUGCCGCAGGAACCUAGACAUCGAGCGCCCCACCUAUACCAACCUCAACCGCCUCAUCAGCCAGAUUGUGUCCUCCAUCACUGCCUCUCUCCGCUUUGAUGGUGCCCUUAAUGUGGACCUCACUGAGUUCCAGACCAACCUGGUGCCCUAUCCCCGCAUCCACUUCCCACUGGUAACUUAUGCACCCAUUAUAUCUGCUGAGAAAGCCUAUCAUGAACAGCUCUCCGUGGCUGAGAUAACCAGCUCCUGCUUUGAGCCCAACAGCCAGAUGGUGAAGUGUGACCCGAGACAUGGGAAGUACAUGGCCUGCUGCAUGCUCUACCGGGGGGAUGUGGUGCCUAAGGAUGUGAAUGUUGCUAUUGCUGCCAUCAAGACCAAGAGGACUAUUCAGUUUGUGGAUUGGUGUCCCACAGGCUUUAAGGUGGGCAUCAACUAUCAGCCACCCACCGUGGUGCCAGGAGGGGACCUGGCCAAAGUCCAGCGGGCUGUUUGCAUGCUGAGCAACACUACUGCAAUUGCGGAGGCCUGGGCCCGCCUGGACCACAAGUUUGACCUCAUGUACGCCAAGCGGGCCUUUGUGCAUUGGUAUGUUGGAGAGGGAAUGGAAGAAGGAGAAUUUUCUGAGGCCAGGGAGGACCUGGCUGCUCUGGAGAAGGAUUAUGAAGAAGUGGGGACUGAUUCAUUUGAAGAAGAAAAUGAAGGGGAAGAGUUUUAAAUAUAACACUUUCCCCUUGGCUGUGUCUCUUUAUUUAUGCUUCUCCACUCAAAGCACAUUUAAUUAUUCUAAGAGUAACAGACUAAACUCCUAAGCCCAGCCUAAUUUCUGUCUUCCAUUGGAAGAGGUGUCUGACACCAGUGCCUGUGGGUGACUGGGCUGAAAAUGGAUGCUGAGCUGUUCAGACCUUCCCUUGGGUAAAAGCAGCUUUGUGUCACCAAAAAAAUUGAGAGUCACUGUCUCUAGGUUAGGGUGAAGCCAGGUUACAAGUUGUGAAGAGGCCUAAUCAGGAUUUUAAAUUCUGGAUUAGUCUGGGCCCGCCCUAAAAUGCAGCCUGCUGGCUGUGGAAAGAUCUGGGCAUUGGGAAGAUUCCAGGGAGGGAGUGGCACUUUUAGAGAGUGAGAAACAAGACAGACACAUUUCCUGUCCUUGUAAAAACACAAAUAAAUGAAUGAAAUAAUUCAA